AUGCCCAUCUCCAUCUCCACCUCUCCCUACGUGGAUGCAACCUCCCCAGUUAUCAACGACGCCCAGUGGUCGUACGGAAACUUCGAGAUCGUCUCGGCCGACAACAUCUCCUUCAGAUGCGACCACUACGUCCUAAUCCACGGGAGCCCCAUGAUUGCGGCGAUGUACGGCAUCCCCAGUUGUUCGAUGGAGCAACUGGCUCCACGCAUGUGCAUGACCCACAAGAAAGUCGAGAGUGCAACCAUCGUCCGCAUGUUCCUUGAGAUUGCCACCCACCGCCGCUUCCCUAAGAUCUGGACGAAUGAGGAUUUCGGUCUUCUCUUCCGCUUCCUCUAUAAGUGGAGAUUUGAUGCUCUGAGGGAACACCUGAUUAUGGAUCUCCGCGGAAAACUCUUGGUCGAGAACUGGGGUUCCCUUGAUGUGUUCAUCGUCGGCGCCAUUGGUGGAGAACUGGAUCUGUGCCGCGCCGCCUUUGAGGCCAAUUGUGCGGUUGCUAGUGAACGGUAUUUGGUUCGGGACACGAUAGAACCGUUUGAUCCAGCGUGCUGGGCCACAGAGUUCUGGCAGAACUGCCCAAUCCCGCGUGACUACCUCGUUGCCCUCAAGCACGCUUGGUGCGAGACGUCUGUCAACGGCCGGUCAACAGUCGGCUUCUAUGCCGAGUUCGCAGAAAAGCUCCACGAAAUACGUGACCCACGGUCGAAGUACAUGUAUCUCUGGCGGUGA